CCCUGUCCUGACCUCCCUCUCUCCCAACCGGCGUCUGAACUCCCACUGAAGUACCACAUUUCCUCAUUUUGUCCCGCGAGCCGCACUACUCCGUCUCAGGGAGUGGACUUCGGGGUUGAGCGAGCAUGCCUGCGGUGUCUAAAGGCGACGGGAUGCGUGGCCUGGCCGUGUUCAUCUCUGACAUCAGGAACUGUAAAAGUAAAGAGGCAGAGAUUAAGAGGAUUAAUAAAGAGCUGGCUAAUAUUCGAUCCAAAUUCAAAGGUGACAAGGCUCUUGAUGGCUACAGCAAAAAGAAGUACAUCUGCAAGCUCCUCUUCAUCUUUCUCCUCGGUCAUGACAUUGACUUUGGACACAUGGAGGCUGUCAACCUCCUCAGCUCAAACAAGUACACAGAAAAACAGAUUGGCUACCUCUUCAUCUCGGUGCUGGUCAACUCCAACAGCGACCUGAUCCGUCUGAUUAACAACGGCAUCAAGAACGACCUGGGCAGCCGCAACCCCACCUUCAUGAACCUGGCUCUGCACUGCAUUGCUAAUGUGGGCAGCAGAGAAAUGGCGGAAGCCUUUGCCAUAGAUAUACCUCGCAUCUUGGUGGCUGGAGACACCAUGGACAGUGUGAAGCAGAGCGCAGCCUUAUGUCUUCUCCGUCUUAAUCGCACCUCCCCCGACCUGGUGCCUAUGGGGGAGUGGACGGCCCGAGUGGUCCACCUGCUGAAUGAUCAGCACCUUGGAGUGGUUACAGCAGCUGCUAGUCUCAUCACCACAUUGGCGCAGAAGAAUCCUGAUGAUUUCAAGACCUCUGUAGCCCUCGCUGUGGCCAGACUCAGCAGGAUCGUAACGUCAGCAUCCAUAGACCUCCAGGACUACACCUACUACUUUGUCGCUGCCCCCUGGCUGUCAGUGAAGUUACUGCGCCUGCUGCAGUGUUACCCUCCCCCUGAGGAUGCCGCCCUCCGAAGUCGACUGACUGAAUGUCUAGAGACCAUCCUGAAUAAAGCUCAAGAGCCGCCCAAGUCCAAGAAGGUUCAGCACUCCAAUGCAAAGAAUGCUGUCCUCUUCGAAGCCAUUUCUCUCAUCAUCCACCAUGACAGUGAGCCCACUCUUUUGGUUCGAGCGUGCAACCAACUGGGACAGUUUCUGCAGCACAGGGAAACCAACCUGAGGUAUUUGGCCCUGGAGAGCAUGUGCACGCUGGCCAGCUCUGAGUUCUCUCACGAGGCAGUGAAGACCCACAUAGAGACGGUGAUUAAUGCUCUGAAGACAGAACGGGACGUAAGCGUCCGCCAGCGUGCCGUGGAUCUCCUCUACGCCAUGUGUGACCGCAGCAAUGCCAAGCAGAUCGUGGCGGAGAUGCUCAGCUACUUGGAGAACGCAGACUAUUCCAUCAGAGAGGAGAUAGUCCUUAAAGUUGCAAUUCUGGCUGAGAAGUACGCUGUUGACUACACCUGGUACGUGGAUACCAUCCUCAAUCUCAUCCGCAUCGCUGGGGACUAUGUCAGUGAGGAGGUUUGGUACCGUGUCAUCCAGAUUGUCAUAAACAGGGAUGAUGUCCAAGGUUAUGCUGCCAAGACUGUAUUUGAGGCACUUCAGGCUCCCGCCUGUCACGAGAAUCUGGUCAAAGUGGGAGGAUACAUCCUGGGAGAGUUUGGAAACCUGAUCGCCGGGGACUCGCGUUCAAGCCCACUGGUCCAGUUCAACCUUCUCCACUACAAGUUCCAUCUUUGCUCGGUGCCCACUCGAGCACUCUUGCUUUCGGCCUACAUCAAGUUCAUCAACUUGUUUCCUGAGGUCAAGGUCACCAUCCAGGACGUCCUGCGCUCCGACAGCCAGCUACGGAACGCUGACGUGGAGCUCCAGCAGAGGGCCGUCGAGUACUUGAGGCUCAGCUCCAUCGCUACCACAGACAUCCUGGCCACCGUUUUAGAGGAGAUGCCUCCCUUCCCGGAAAGAGAGUCUUCGAUUCUUGCGAAGCUGAAGAAGAAGAAGGGUCCUGGAAACCUCCCUGACAUUGAUGACAACAGGCGCAACAUGAACGGCAGCGCAGAGACCACAGAGAGCAGUGAAGCUGCUCCUGUAGUUGCUCCUCAGUUCUCUCCUUCAUUGAUGACAGACAUUUCCACCAACAGACCCCGCCCUGCCUCCUCUAGCUCCUUCAUGUACUCCCCUCGGACUCUGAACACCUCUCAGCCCUUCACUGACUUGCUGAAUCUCAACUCUCCUCCUGCGACGGGAGCCAGUCUGCUUGUCGAUGUCUUCUCGGAUAGCUUUACUACUGCAGCCGCCGAGGUCUCAGAGGAAAGUUUCACAAGGUUCAUUUGUAAGAACAACGGUGUCCUGUAUGAGAACCAGCUCCUGCAGAUUGGCCUCAAGUCCGAGUACCGGCAGAACCUGGGCCGCAUGUACAUCUUCAUCGGCAACAAAACCGCCGCCCAGUUCCUCAGCUUCUCCUCCUCGGUGGCCAGUAGCGAGACUCUCCAGACUCAGCUGAACGUCCACGCCAAGCCAGUGGAUCCACUCAUAGAAGCUGGAGCUCAGGUCCAGCAGAUCCUCAACAUCGAGUGUGUGUCCGACUUCGCUGACGCACCCGUGCUCAACAUCCAGUUCAGGUACGGUGGCGCCCUCCAGAGCAUCGCUGUCAAACUGCCCGUGAUGCUGAAUAAGUUCUUUCAGCCCACGGAGAUGAUGUCACAGGACUUCUUCCAGCGCUGGAAACAGCUUGGAGCUCCACAGCAGGAGGUUCAGAAGAUCUUCAAAGCCAAACACCCCAUGGACACGGAAGCCACCAAGACUAAGAUUUUGGGCUUUGGAGUGGCUCUGCUCAACGGUGUCGAUCCCAACCCUGUGAACUUUGUGGGAGCUGGUGUCAUCCACACGAAAAGCACUCAGGUGGGCUGUCUGCUCAGACUGGAGCCCAACACUCAAGCGCAGAUGUACCGCCUGACCCUGCGGACCAGCCGGGACUCCGUGUCUCAAAGACUGUGCGACCUGCUCUGCCAGCAGUUCUAGACGUGGACCCGGCAGCGCCUUCACUCUCCUUUUCUCACUUUAGGUCAAUGAUUUGUACAGUGUAAAUUCUUUUUUUUUUGUUUUAAAUUUGAUCCUCUGCACAUGUAAAUGAAAUGUAUUUUGGUCACAGCUUUACCUUCGGUUACUGCUUUAAACCUGCACUGUACGUGUCCGUUUGACCUGCCGUGGAUUUUCAUGACAACGACCAGGCUGUGGCUGGAUUCCAGCUCAGAAAGUUACGUUUCUUACUCCAUAUUUUAAGAAGUAUUCUACUCAGUGUUGCACUCAGGAAAAGACCCUUUAAAACAACAGGUAGCUAGCAAGGUUGUUCAGAAGAAGCCGACAAAAUUCUAUUCUUCUAUGACCCUUCUGUGCCUUGAAGCUGUUGCCACUGUCAAGUACCAGUCGGUCGACUGGACAUUUUACCUGAACACUUUUAUAAACGUAUUCUUUUCCCUUU